AUGUCUAAAGCAGAAAAAUUAUCAUCAAAAAAUAACAAAGACUACACUAAAAACGUAACAGUAGAAAAUUCAAGCACUUGGUCGACUAAACAUUUCAAAGACACGACGUUACAAAAAGUCAAUGGGUCUGGCACUGUUUCAGAAAACGUUUCUGUUACGUCAAAUGCAAUUGCUCCUGCUGCUGUAUCAGAUAUUAACCAACAAAACCAUCGUACUUAUAGACAAUCUGAAUGUUAUAUGGACUCCAUCGAUAAACUAACCAAAGAAUUUGAACAAACUCAAUAUGUUUCAUCACCUGUGAAUCGAAAACCAUCUAAUAAUAUUCAAGGAAAUAAGGAAGUGUCAAAAGCAAUCAAUUCAAAUCAAAAGAAUCUGUUGGAUGACUAUGAUGAGGUUACUUAUGCUGAAACAAAUGGUGCAACAUGGACUGUAUCUGCAAAUGCAUAUGAUGACUAUGAAACGGAUGAUUUCUCUGCAAUACCAAACACUCAAAAAAUAGAAGACAAACCUAAUAUGAAAAAUACAAAUUCAACGAACCAACGAAAUCAAUCGAAUCGACGAAAUGAUAAGAACUUGACAGAAAACAAAACAAUCAUCAAUCAAGACAUGGCAGCUUCUAAGCGUAUUUUUAAUGUCGCAUUAGUAGGUGUUUAG